GGGCCUGAGCUGGUGCAAGUUGCCUCCCUAAGCAGCACACCUGAGGAAACGUCUUUCCCCUGGCAUGGACUAUGUCAGAUUUUGUAGAGCAUGCCCCCUGUGAGAACUUUGAGGCCAAUGUGUUUGCCAAGAGCCGAUGCCAGAAUUGUUUCCGGGCAGUUGGUGCUCACCACCAGCCCAGCAACCAGGUGCCAGAGGAACAUGCUGUGGAGGCCCCACACGGUGAUGCCACCAGUGGGCCAGAACCAGGUGGACUUUGGGACCCCCUGUGCAUCUUAGCUCCCCAGUGUGAGCUGUAUGUAUGUGUGGGCUUCAAGGACAGGACUGAGGACUGGCAGGAGAGCUUGGCGUACACCCAGCUCAGCAGCCGAGCCCAGGGCGAGCAUGAAGAAACCAGCACCCAAACUGAUAUCAGCACCGACACCAGUACCGGAACCAGUGCCACACUCUCGGGGGACUGGGAAAUGACCAGGCUGCUGGACAGCAUUUUGGUAUCAGACAAACAAGACACAAUGAACUAUGCAGGCCAGAGGAAAGAGGUACAGAUUGGAGCCCUGCAGUCAGACAGACCCAGAUGGGGUCAGACCAUAUCCUGGGGGAGAACAGAGUCCCAGAGAUUCAUGAAAGAAAUCUCCCCUCAGAAAGCAGAAUCCAGUCCUGUGAGCCAGAGCACUGGGGAUGGCUGGGCAAAGCAUCAGAUGGAGAGCAGUUAUUUCUCUCUGGAACGCCGUAAAUCUGACCCCAACUGGGUCUCCUCCCCUCCAAGAGCCAGCAACAGCACCUUGCCCACACGCAGUGAGCCAGUAAGGACUGGCAGGCAUCUCACUUCCUCCAUCAGCUCACUGGACUCUGACUUACCUGGAUGCAAGAGGGGCGGCGGCGAGGGGCGACAUGCCCUGGUGCGGCAGAAAUACAUGGUGUUGGCUGAUCUGCCCAAGCCCAAGCGGAUCAGUCACAGGGAGGCAUUAGAACAGGAACGCAGCAGCUCCCGCACUCGGAGCCCGGGCCGGGCAGAGGUGGAGCGGAUCUUUGGAUACGAGCGCAGGAGGUCUGAGACGCUGGAGGUGUUCCAGGCCCUGGAGGACGGCCUCCUGGACCGGCUGGAUGGCAAGACCCCACAGCUGGCCAAAGAAGGGCGAUUAGGCAGGAGCCAGUCUAGCCCCACCCUGUAUAGAGAGGGGAACAAGAGGCCCCCACAGCAGCUGGAGCAGCCCGGCAGACGCCAAGGAGAGGCCCUGCGCUCAGUGAGCCCGGCUCAGCGAUCGGAACGAGACUGGAGGAGCCGAGUGGACUCCAUGUGCCACAUGAGUACAGACAAGUGCAUGGACAGAGAAAGGGUUUCUCCUCAGCCCUCGAAUCCUGGAAAACACACAGACAGUAACUGGAAAAGCCAGAGGGAUUCCUUGCACCCCACAAACCCCAGGAAGAGCUCCGAUAACAGUUGGACUGGCCGAGGGGGGCACCUGUGCUCCUUGAGUCCUGGGAAGCACCCAGAGAGCAACUGGAAGAGCCCAAAGGAGACCCACCCUGUGAGUCUGGUGACGAGCACUGAGAGAAAGUGGAAGGAUGCAAAAGAGCCCCUGUACCCUGUGAGUGCUGGAAAAUGCAUGAGUUCGCGACAGAGCCUAGAGGAGAAACCCCACCUUGUGAGUCUGGGGAAAUGUACAGAGCGAGAUCAGAAGGGCCGGGGAAAAUCACUGCGCCCCGUGAGUCCAGCCAGGAAGCUGGAGAGGGACUGGAGGAGCCAGGCAGAGACCCUGCGCUCCAGGAGUCUAACCAUGCAGCCGGAGAGGGGCUGGAGGAACCAAGCAGAAACCCUGCGCUCCAGGAGUCCAACCAGGCAGCCAGAGAGGGACUGGAGGAACCAAGCAGAGACCCUGCACCCCAGGAGUCCAACCGGGAGGCCAGAGAGGGACUGGAGGAGCCAGGCAGAGACCCUGCACCCCAGGAGUCCAACCAGGCUGCCGGAGAGGGACUGGAGAAACCAAGCAGAGACCCUGCACUCCAGGAGUCCAACCAGGCAGCCGGAGAGGGGCUGGAGGAACCAAGCAGAGACUCUGCACCCCAGGAGUCCAACCAGGCAGCCGGAGAGGGACUGGAGGAACCAAGCAGAGACCCUGUGCCCCAGGAGCCCAACCGGGAGGCAAGAGAGGGACUGGAGGAGCCAGGAAGAGGCUCUGUGCUCCAGGAGUCAAAUUCAAAGAUCAGAAGACAACUGGAAAACCCAAGAGAAGUGCUUGUGCCACAUGAAUCCAAUGCAACAGCUGGAAAGGGACUGGAGAAGCCAAGGAGAGUGUCUGUAUUCAGUGAGCUCAGGGCACCAACUAGAGAUCAAAAGCCCGUCCCAGCUAGAUCGAGGCACAACCCGACCAUUCAACAGUACCAGCUCCAUGGGAAGCCAAGAUCUUUAUUUGAACACUAACGGGCGACGCCACAAGCCGGAUCUCCUCAAUUUCAAGAAGGGAUGGAUGUCCAUACUGGAUGAGCUGGGAGAGUGGAAGAAACACUGGUUUGUGCUGACAGACUCGAGCCUGAGAUACUACAGGGACUCCAACGCUGAGGAGGCUGAUGAGCUGGAUGGUGAGAUUGACCUGCGCUCCUGCACAGAAGUGACAGAAUAUGCUGUGCAACGCAACUAUGGCUUCCAGAUACAUACGAAGGAUGCCACCUUCACCCUGUCAGCAAUGACCUCGGGGAUCCGGCGGAACUGGAUCGAGGCGCUGAGGAAGAACGUCCGCCCGGCAAGCGCGCCAGAUGUCACAAAGCUGUCUGACUGCAAUAAGGAAAACUCCAUCCGCAGCUGCGUCCCCCAGAAAGGCUCCCUCAGGUCAGAGGAGCAGUGGCCGGGCUUGGGGUCGGAGGUUAUCUCCAAGGGCAGUAACCGGAAGGCGGAUGGGCCGCGCCACACCUUUGACUAUGUGGAGCUGGCCCCCUUGCAGCAGGGCCCUUUGAAUCACGGUGCCCCGCAGCGGACGAGAGGCAGUUUGAGGGGGAUCUCUGACCGAGUCACCAAGCACGAAGACCUGGAACGGGACCUAGCCCUCCGCUCUGAGGAGAGGCGGAAGUGGUUUGAGGCUCCUGACACUGGGGUCCUGCAGGGCGACGGCCCAGCAGGGGCCCUCUGCUGGAAGGCGUGUGAGCAGGAGCUGCUGGGGCCUGCCCUGUCGGAGGACCAGCGCAGUCGGCUGAGUGAAGAGAUUGAGAAGAAAUGGCUGGAGCUGGAACGGCUGCCCCUGAAGGAGUCUAAGCGCCUUCCUCUGACUGCGUUGCUGAACCAGAGCAAGGGGGGCUAUGGAGACACAAGGGAGGCACUGGAGAAAGAGGUCCAGUCCCUGAGGGCACAGCUGGAGUCCUGGCGUGCCCGUGGUGAGAGCCUUCGUGACACAGGAAAAUCCCAUGGAGAUGGCCACAUGCCCCAGGGAUUCAUCUCCCAGGAGGCAUGUGAGCGCAGCUUGGCAGAGAUGGAAUCUCUUCACCAGCAGGUCAUGACCGAGCUCCAGCGGCACCAUCAGCGGGAGCUGGAGCGGCUGCGGCAGGAGAAGGAGAGGCUCCUGGCUGAGGAGGCUGCGGCCACAGCUGCGGCAAUCGAAGCGCUGAAGAAGGUGCACAAGGAGGAGCUGAAUAGGGAGCUGGGCAGGACACGCAGUUUCCAGCAGAGCGGGUCAGGCUCGGAGGCCCUCCGGAGACAGCACCAGUUGGACGUGGACUCUCUGAAGCGGGAGCUGCAGGUUCUCUCCGAGCAAUACUCCCAGAAGUGUCUGGAAAUCGGUGACCUCACAGAGAAAGCAGAAGAGCGGGAGCAGAUGCUGCAGCGCUGCCAGCAGGAGGGGAAGGAGCUGCUCCGGCAGAACCAGGAGCUGCAGACAUGCCUGUCAGAAGAGAUCCAGAGGUUACGGACCUUCAUCACCUCACAGGGCACAGGAGAUGGGGCCUUGCACAACGGCGAGAGGAGCUCCUGUGAGCUUGAGGUGCUGCUUCGAGUGAAGGAGAAUGAACUCCAGUACCUGAAAAAAGAGGUUCAGUGUCUUAAGGAUGAGCUCCAGAUGAUGCAAAAGGAUAAGAGAUUUGCCUCAGGGAAGUACCAGGAUGUCUAUGUGGAGCUGAACCACAUCAAGCUGCGCUCGGAGCGGGAGAUCGAGCAGCUGAAGGAGCACCUACGCCUGGCCAUGGCAGCGCUGCAGGAGAAGGAGACGCUGCGCAACAGCAUCAGCGAGUAGAGGUUUGUUUUGCUUGAUUCCUCACUUGUGGGGAGGUGGUGGCUGUAUCCCAUCCAUUGACAUCCCCUCAAGGAAACCAGCUCCCAUGUCUUUCACCAAUCCCCAUCCCAUGCGCCUGCGUAUCUGAGCACAUUGUUUGGACUGGCUCCUAUGUGCACCUUCUUCAGGAUUUUAUAUGUGAAAAGAUAUAUUUUAUAGAUACUUCACUUUUUUGUUUUGUGGGUGGGGAACGUUUUAAAUCUACAAUAUCUUUUAACUAGCAGCUGAAGACCGAAGAAACACAGCUGUUGCUCCUGCCUCAAGUGCUCCUUGUGGGGUGCGUCUAUGGGGUUGCGAAUGGCCUUCACCCCUCUUAUCUUCCCACUCCUCCAGUCUGCUUGGAUGUGCUGGAAGGACCAUGCACCAUGAGACAGACUGUGGCUAGCCAUACGAGAGAACCAACGUCCUGCACACGUUCCCCUGGACCACUGAAAGCAGAGAUGUUGGACAGAGCUGCUCAAGCUGUUGGGGACUGUGCUCUCACUCUGGACUGUAUUGAAGGGAGGUUUCGGUACCCAUGGGCCAUGUGAAUGUCCCAGGGUAAGGCCAGUCCCCUGGAGGUUUUGGAAGAGCCUGCCUCCUGCUAACACACUCCUGAGGAGGACCAGGGGACUCUGCACGCACCACUGCUGCGUCCGCUGGAGCCAAAAAAUGAAGGCGGCGGCUGCCCUUCCACACAGUUAAUAGUUUAACUUAAUAAAAUCUUCAGCUAUCCAA